GAUCGCCGAUUAGAAGACCUUUGUUAUAUCGACGCGUAUUGGCUAAAUGCUAGCCCUAUAGAGGUUUGUCUGGAGUGCCGUAGAAUUUCAGAGUAAUUGUGGAUUCUCAUCCAGACCCUCUUAAUAAACGUACAUUGAGUCACCGGCGUGUGUUGGCAACCCGUGUUUAUUGUGGACAGUUCGUUCUUCUGCUUCUUUAAAUGUUGCUCCGAUCGAUCUCAAUGGAAUAAUGAUAAAUUGCGGAUAUGCAAGAAAUACGGUGAUAUAAGCUCGACCAGUGAGAUCAAAUGCUUGCUAAAACCAAUACAGCUGUAUGAGGAAUCUUGCUGACGUCGUUAAUGGGAGGCGGUUGUAGAAAUAUUCAACAAGAAGCAAGCAUAGUUGAGUUUGAUAAACUACCGGCUGUCGGCUGACCCAUUGUCCGUGCUGGUUUCCAUUGCUUUUUAACAGGGACUUAAGACAUAACGGUGACAAGUACAAUGAGCUCUUCUGAGGAGGUGUCGUGGAUUUCGUGGUUCUGUGGGCUGCGCGGAAAUGAAUUCUUCUGCGAGUGUGAUGAAGACUACAUUCAGGACAAAUUCAACCUAACAGGAUUAAACGAGCAAGUUCCGCAUUACAGGCAAGCAUUGGACAUGAUUCUGGAUCUCGAACCAGAUGACGAGAUUGAAGAGAACCCCAAUCAAAAUGACCUGAUUGAGCAGGCUGCUGAGAUGCUUUAUGGGCUCAUACAUGCCCGAUACAUUCUUACUAACAGAGGGAUUGCCCAAAUGGUUGAAAAGUAUCAGAACGGGGAUUUCGGCUACUGUCCAAGAGUGUACUGCGAAAGCCAGAACCUUCUUCCAAUUGGUUUGAGCGAUGUUCCCGGAGAGGCAAUGGUGAAGCUUUACUGUCCCAAGUGUAUGGACGUUUACAAUCCAAAGAGUACGCGACAUCAUCACUGUGACGGCGCAUAUUUUGGUACCGGCUUCCCGCACAUGCUCUUCAUGGUUCAUCCAGAUUAUCGACCAAAGCAACCUGUAAAACAGUUUGUGCCGCGACUGUACGGUUUCAAGAUUCACCCGGUUGCAUACCAGAUCCAGGGAAGCGCGGGCACUUUUAAAGCGCCGGCUCGCUCCAUCGUGUUCAACAAUGGCAAACGCUGAUUGACAUCCCAUCCGAUAAUAAAAUACACACAUAUAUAUAUACAUAAAUAAAUAUAUAUAUAUAUAUAUAUAUAUAUAUAUAUAUAUAUAUAUAGAAGCAGAAACAGCACGCAUAAUUUGCAUGCAUUCAGACAGACGUGCCCACAUACGGACAUUCAUUAAUAGCGACAAUGGUAAUAUGACAAACUAUAAUUGCUAUUGCUUCUACUAUAAUAACAAACGCCCACAUCGCAACACAGCCGCAACAGUCAAUUACUACAAUAUCGUAUAGACCGACAAACCAACAGACAGUCACAUUCAAAUGGGAACCCGUUGAAUUCGAUAUUUAGAAAACUCAGUGAAUCAGUGGGAAAGCAUGGUGAGUUGGACGAAACAAUACUGAAUGUGUUAAUCUAGUUUAGGUAGAUUAUAUAUUUAGAUAGAUAGUAUGUAUGUAUUAUUGAUCUAAUUCGAUAAUGCGAACGAAGGGAUGCAAAAGCAACAACGUAAAAUGGUCAACAAAAAUAGCAGUACCAGCAGCAACAAUAAUAGCAAUAACAGAAUAACACACCCGCUGCCGCCGGACGACACGGGAAUUGAUUCUAGUUCCAGAUCAAUUUAGAUGAUACGCCUGGGCAUAUUUUUACGUGAAAUGUAUUAUUAUGAUUAUAUUAUUAUUAGCAUUAUCAUUCCUGAUUUCUGUCCGAAUUGUUAUUCGGCUUGAUACACUGUAACAAGCGGUUGAAUUUUUAGGAUUGCCAAGUAGCAGGACACUAAAAUUGGGAAAUUGAGAUGUAAUAUCUGUGGCCAGUUUCCAUCGUUGUUUUGGACGUGCAUCACUAUGAUGCCACACAAUGAAUGCACAACGAGUGUUUUUUGGAGGUGUGAGGGUGUUGGAAGGUAGAUUUAUAGGGAGUGUUGGGAUGAUUUAGGCUAGCUAAGAGCAAUUACAACGCUACGAGCUAGAUGUUUUACAACACUGUAGUAAGGUUAUAAUAAUAAUCAAUUCAAAGAGAAUUCAAGACAGCUGAGAUAUUCAGCAGUGGUCCCGCUAUGGUUGUAAGCCAACAAUGCUAAAGACACAUAGGAUGCCUUGUGGUGAAUCAAGGUGUAAUAUUGAAAUGUGUGAACACGCACAGGCAUAGUCACGCACCAAAUAAUGUACUAAAACUAUGAAGCAGUAGUAGAACAUCUAAUUUUCAUCGCAAUUGCCACUCGAGUACAGAAAAUAAGCUACAACGAGUGCGUAUACACGACAAAAAACAGUUAGUAAUAAUAAUAAUCACAACUCUAGAUACUCCAUGUUCUCAAGAAAUGGGCGAGGAAAAGGGGAAAGUAAGCCGUUAAGUAAAUUAGAAAUCAAAUGGAUGCAAAUAUUGUGAAAUUAAUAAACAGACAAAAAAAAUAAAGAUAUUGGUUGGUUAAGAAUGGCGAUGAAGAAGGCUUUAUCAUAGUGUGAAGUUUUAUUUGGGCGAAGCGGACGGAGAUAAUUAUCCUGUUAUUUUGCGUAAAUUUGGUAACGAUAAAAACGAGCAAACAUAUGACCUUACUUUUUUGUAUUGUUUCAUAUUUUGCAAAAAAAUCACCUGUGUAACAACAUGGUUUGCUAUUAAUAUGUUAAAAGUAAAGCCACUAAUUUCUGUAAUAUGUAGCAUUUGUUGUGACACGAGAAAAAAUCCUACAAUUGAGGUGAGGCAGUUUACCAAAAUACAGAGCUGUAUGUAGAUUCGAAAAGAUGGAAAGAUUUUAUAAUGAUAAAACAAGCGUUCACCUAUAAAAAGUCUAUCCGUCUUUAAUUAUAGAUCUUGAAAUGGAUUGAUAUAACAAAUAUACAUCUUUUAAUCGAUACGCUUGCGUUGGAGAAAGCCGCAAUAAAAAUGUGCGACAUGGGUAGCGCGGGUGCUGCUGGUUGAUAUUGAAACAGAAACACCAUAUAGAGUAUUCCGUAAUUAAAUACCUAAAUUAGUGUGGGUGGUGGAUAUAUACAUAUAUAUAUUCUAUCAGUAUAGGAAGAUUCAAAACAUUUUGGGUUUAUAUGUAGCGCAUCGUUGCUUUACUAUUCACUAUAUACUAGCAUAUCGUCGCGAUGAAGCCAUCAUAUUGUCGCAAAUCAAUGCUGAAACACGUCUCUUUCGAUAGGCAGUUGAGGGACACACGUGUAAUAACAUACGUGGAUAGCGAGGUCCUCUAGAUUUUUUGUGGCUGUAGCGGGGCACACCUAAGCUUUGUUACUGGAUGUUUGCCGAGGACUUAGUACUAGGAAGAGGAAUGAGAGGCGGACAAACAAGAUGGCGAAGUAUUGAAAGCGCUUAUCAACAGUGAGACUGACCUCUAAAGGCUGAUAUGAGUUAUUACCUUUGUA